AUGAGUGACUUUGACGACGAAGACUUCUCUCUGGGUGCGGAGGACUCUGAGGACGAGCAGCUCGCUGAGUCAGAAGAUUUUGAAGAUGAUCCAGCUAGUGACGAGUCGGACGAGGAGGUGGCUUCGAAGCCCAAGAAAGUGCGUGUAUCGCCCAAGAAGUCCACAAAGAAAUCAUUGCACGAUAACAAUACAACCAAAAGCCCGGCGACUUCAAAACCUGUUUCUGGUGUAAGAAAAUCUCCAGCUUCUUCGACCACAAAGUCGACAAAUUCAAAGGUUAUGAAGGCGGAAGAUGCUGAAGAAGCUGUGCUUGACUACAUGUUCAAGGCGAAUCGACCGUAUAGUUUGCUCAAUGUCUUUGAGAAUAUGCACCGAGCUAUUGCAAAGCCGUCGUUAUCAAAGUUGUUGGAUAACCUCGUGGUCAAAGAGAAGCUCGUGAGCAAGACGUAUGGCAAGGCUAAGAUUUAUUAUGUCAACCAGAAUCUUCUGCCCGUGCCAUCGGAAGAAGAUCGUCAUAAUGUGGAAGAGCAGAUUAAAUUGAUUUCUACGGAAUGCUCUGCUUUAGAGCAAGAACUCAAGAUUGCUGAAGCGACUUUGUCAACUAUAACAUCACAAAUCUCGAACAAAGAUUUAGAUGCUACGUUAAUGCAGCUUGAGGAAACAGUUGUGACUCUCGAGAAGAAAGUAGAGUCUAUGGGUCAACCAGAUCGAGUAGCUGUAUCACCAAAUAGGAAAGAUUCACUCAAGCGCAAGUUUACCAAGUAUCACACGGCUUGGGUAAAACGGAAGCGCAUUGCAAUGGACGGAAUUAAUCAAAUUGCUGAUGGAAUGGAGAAAAAAGCGAAACAUGUGCUAGAUCUGGUAGGCAUCGAGACAGACGAAGAGGUAGGGAUUAAGGUUCUUCCUACUCUUUAA